AUGGUAAGCAUUCCUGAGACGACCAUAAGCUCCUCCAAUGGUCGCCGACCUAUUCCCCUUAUUGGGAUGGGUAUGGCAACGUUGGCAGAAGGCAGUGAUGAGGUGAAAGCAGCGGUUGUUGAAGCCAUCAAAGUGGGUUAUCGCCACUUUGACACGGCGGCGCUUUAUGGAACUGAGAAAGCUCUUGGGGAAGGCAUCACAGAAGCUCUGCGACAGGGUCUCAUAAAUUCUAGGGCGGAGCUUUUUGUUACUACCAAGUUGUGAAACUUGGGACUAGACUACGUGGAUUUGUAUCUGAUACACUGGCCAUUAAAGCUAAACCAAGAGGAAUUCAAAGUCCCGAUUCCAAAAGAUUGUAUAGCUGCAAUCAAUAUCAAGGACGUUUGGGAAGGCAUGGAGAAGUGUCAAAAUCUUGGACUCACCAAAUCCAUUGGUGUUAGCAAUUUUGCUCCUCGAAAAAUUGAAGAGAUCCUUUCCUUUGCCAAAAUUCCACCAGCUGUCAACCAAGUUGAGAUGAAUCCACUUUGGCAACAGAAAAAACUCAAUGAAUUUUGCAAAAAGAAUGACAUCCUUAUCACUGCUUACUCACCUUUAGGUGCAUCUGGCACCAAAUGGGGACACAAUAGGGUCAUGGAAUGUGAAGUUCUUCAAGAUAUUGCCAAGUCUAAAGGGAAGACAGUAGCCCAGAUUUCUUUGAGAUGGAUAUAUGAGCAAGGUGUCAGUUUUGUGGUAAAGAGUUUUAACACAGAGAGGAUGAAGCAAAACUUGGACAUAUUUGAUUGGUCGUUGACUGAGGAAGAGUUGAACAAAAUCAGCCAAAUUCCGCAACGAAAACAUGUUUAUCUAAUUGGUUCGUUGGUGACUGAGCCUAAUGAUGUAAUGGCUGAGAUUGAUGCAGAUCUUUCAUUUCAAUAA